AUGGACCUGCUUGAGUCUACCACCUUCACCUCCCUUGUAACCGAUCUGAUGAGACAAAACAAGAUCCCGGGUCUGUCAAUUGCAAUCAUCCACAACGACGAGGUCGCCUCAACAGGCUACGGGUUAGCCGACUAUCAAAACAAUACACCUUGCACUGGAGAUACACUUUUCGAUAUUGCUUCAUGUGCGAAAUCUCUUACAGCUGCCUCGGUGGCUCUACUUGCGGAAGACAAGGACUACCCUGAAGUGCACUACGAAGCGCUUAUGUCCGAUCUCUUGCCGGAUGAUUUUGUAAUGUCUGAAAAGAGUUAUACUGAUGGUAUAACCGUCGAGGAUGUUCUUAGCCAUAGGACCGGUAUGGCCAAUCACAACGAUGCCUUUAUGGGUCCCAACGCAGCUCAUCCGGAUAGUGCAAAGUCCGUUACAAGGAAUCUGAGAAAUCUCAAACCUGCUGCACCCUUGCGCUCACGAUACCUGUACUGUAAUCAAAUGUACACUGUGGCCACACAUCUCGUUGAGGUAAAGUCUAAGAAAAGUUUCGCCGAAUUUUUGGAUGAGCGCAUUUUCGCACCACUAAAUAUGACUUCGACAACUCUGCAACCAGCAAGUGCUUACGUCAAAGGCUGGGGACAUCGAAUGGCAAAUGGCUACAUCUGGCAGAAUAAUGCAUGGCGCGGAUUUGAUUCUCAAGACUGUCCUGAAGGACAGGGUGCCGGCUCCGUUAUUUCCAGUGCAAAUGACUUCAUCAAAUGGGUAAAAGCGUUGUUGUACCGCGAAGGUCCAAUCAAUGAUAGGGUUCACCAAGGACUCACGAAGUUGCGCUCUAUUGUGAAUCCGAAUGCGAGGAGAUUAAAGGCGCAUACCACACCGGCUAUUUACACUGCUGGGAUGGAGGUAUAUUACUACCGUGGAAACAUGGUUAUUGGCCAUGAUGGUACUAUUCCGGGUUUCCGAAGUCGAUUCAUGUUCAUGCCUGACUCGAAGUUUGGUGCUGUCGUUUUGGGAAACUCUGCUGGAGCUGGUGGUGCGGCUACGACGAUCAUUAGGGCGCUGAUGGAUGAGAUCCUUGGGGUGCCCAUGGAACAACGUUCAUCACGGAACAUGAAACAAGCUCAGAAGAAAGACCUUGCUCUUCACUCGAAACCGCACCGUGAUGACAAGAAGGACUCUCAAGCUAGGAUGAAUGAGAAGCCACAAACUCGUACUUUACAUAGCGACCAGUAUGGGAAUAAGAACAAGGAUAGUCAACAUAAGAAGAAACCGCAACUACAGGAACAAAAGGAGCAGGGGGAGAAGCCGACAAAUCAUGAAAAGCCUCCUCCGCCUCAUCAGGAGAAACCUCUAGAAGCCUAUGUGGGCAGGUUCUGGAACGCAGGCUAUCGUGUCAUGACAGUCACAACCAAGGACAAUCAACUAUUUAUUGAUGCUACGGAUCGUUCGAAUGGCUUCACUAUGACAUUCGAGCAUGUCAGUGAUCAGACCGAGUACAUUGCGCAUGCGAGAGAUGCCAUCGAACUUGAAGACGAGCCGAUUGAUGCGAGAUUUGUGUUCAAGGAUGGGAAAGCUAUAAAGAUGGGAUUGGAUCUGGAGCCUGCCAUUAGAGAAAUGAUUUGGUUUGAACGGGAUGACAGCGGUUCUCAGUUCAUAUGA